UGUGAUCCUUCAAACUGAAAAAGAGUACUUAGCCAGAGGACAACUCAACUUACUCUUUUAAAUUUAAGAAAGAACAUCUAUGAAUAUUGCCAUGUUUUUUCUCAUUUAAUUUUUCACCGUUUUAUCUAUGACAAGGAUUUAAAAUAAGGACAUUAUUAUUGUAAACACAGUAAGUACACCUGUCAUGUGUUUUGUCAUUCAAUUACCCUUGUAUUAAUAAUGAACAACACAAUUUAUACAUUGGGUCUAUUUUAACUAUGUACCAUCCCUGAACAGACAUUCAUACUAAAUUUGGUGCAUUUGCAAGAAAGUCAUUUUUUGUAACAAGAGUGUCAGCAUAAUCAAAUUGUGUUAAAUUAAAAUCACAGAUAAUUAAAUAAUGUUAAAAAUGAACAUCAACACAAUCAUUAAAUACGUUUUGAAAAGCAUGCAAUUGCCAAGUCUGACCAUAAAACAGUUGAAAUAAUCAAAUUUAAGCACUCUAGGCUUAGGUUCAUAGAUAUAGAUAUUCAAGAUAUUCCCAGUGCAAGCACUGUUGACAAACAAGUUCAUAUAGUGAUUGGAGAAUGUUAUGAGGAAACAAAUACUUAUCCAACCGAUUACUGGCAGUUGAGGCGUUACCCUUCAUUUGUGUUCAGAGUUUAUUACAAAAUGUCAUCUUUAAUUCUCAACCAUUGGACUGUUUAGAAACUAUGGCCAAAAUAAAUAAAUGGAUGUAAUGUUGAGUAUUAGAGCGUAGUUGUUGCCCCUCCUACAGUUUAAAGACCAGACAUUUGGCACCUCUAACUUCAAUGUUAAAAGAUGGCAGAAAACAGUUGAUUCUUGAGGAACAUACAUAUUAACAAUAUAUCAAUAACGUGUAUCAACACGUCAUGUAAACUAAGCAGUUUAUCCAUCAGAACACUUUAAACUAUAAAAAUCUGAUAAUAGAUACACUGAGACUAGCAACUAAAAGCUGGUUCAUACUCUGUUAGCCUACUCGAUGUGCUGGAGUAUAAACCAGCCUUUUUCAGAUUGAUUACCAGGCUACUGAAAUCACAAACAAUGAGGGUGAAUUCAGUGACCAUCAACAUCCUUGUUCCCCUCAAGCUAGUCAAACAGGUAUGAUAACUUGUUCUCUUCAUCAUUUUUAUCAUCAAACAUGUUACAGACAGAUAAGACAGUUAUGUCUUAAUGUGUUAUGUGUUAUGACAAUAAGUACAUAUGACAUAUGUUCUCCAUGGCUAGAAACUAAAAGCUGGUUCAUACUUCUUUACUCGACGUGCUGUAGUAUAAACCAGCCUUAAUACAAAAUGAACUAAAUAUAGAAAUAGAUAACAGAGAUCCAAAAUAUAUGUUUUUUUUAAUCAGUUUCUCUUUGUCAUAAAGAUGAUCCAGGAAACAUGGAUGAUUCAAAACAUGAGAGCUUAACAAAGACACCUGGUGUCACUAUCAAUCAACAAGAGCAGGAUUUUCCGGAGCCACAGCUCUCAGACCCUAGUCCUCAAAUCUUGGGGGAAAUGGGAACCAAGGACAAUGUUGGUAUGGACAGCAAAGAAGAGCCAUUCUUUUUUUGGGGUUGAUUACCAGGCUACUGAAAUCAUAAACAAUGAGAGUGAAUUCAGUGACCCACAAGCUACUCCAACAGGGACACCUGAAUUAACAGUUGUGUUAAUUGGCGACACUGGCUCUGUAGAGAUGAACUCUCAGAAUCUACUCCUCACACAUGACAGACAGUUAACCCCUAUGGCAGCGGCUGGGUGCUCACAUACUGCACUGCGACUGUAUGAUUUGUGUGGCCGUCAUGUCUCUAUUAUCAAUAUGCUGGGCUUACAGACCACAGAACGGGUUGACCAGGUGUCAUUAGAGAGUUACCUUGGUCAGGUCGCUCAUGAGCAAGGAAUCCAUGCCUUCCUUUUACUCUCAACGCUGAGUCAGCAUAUUGAUUCUCUCAGGAGAGGAGCACAGUGGCUCAAAAGAAAGCUGGGAGAAAAAUCUCUUGCCUUUGUCAUUCCUGUUUUUACCUGUGAUAAUCAGCAAGACUGCAUCAGUGUGUUGGAUGAAUUGAGAGCCCACAGUGACUUAAAGCAUCUGAUAGAGACAUGCAGAGAUAGAUAUCACACCUGCCAACGGGGCAUGAAUGAUCCCUUAGAGAUGGAGUCAUUGCUAGACAAAAUAAACCUUAUGGUCUCUGAAACCCCCCCCGGCUGCUACAGUGGAGAAAUGUUUGAUGAAGUGAGCAGGCAGACAACGGAACAAGAAGAGAGAGAUGAAUCAGGUGACAUGAAUGAAGAGGCUGUUGACAUCAGUGACAAGGGAAAAGAAACACCACAAAUGGAGGACACUUCAGGUGACAUGGUUGACUCAGAGAAGGAACGACUAGCAAACAUAGAGACACUGAUGGACAGACUUCAACUACAACACAAACAUGAAUAUAAGUUGACAACAGCUGACUUCCUCAACAUUGGCCCAUCCUCAAAACACCAACAUGAGACCAAGUCAGAGAAGGACUUAGCGCAUACCUUCCUGCAGAAGUUGUUUCUGUUAGACUACAGAGCCAGAUACAUUCCUGUUAAAAAAGACGAAAGUGAGAUGAAGUCCAUAAAUCAUACUUUAACUGCUGAUAGAGAUACAAAUGUGUAUGAUGCUCUUUUCAGUGAGAGAGAACAAAGUGACUCUACAGACAAACACUCCCAUGUUCACCCAAUAGAUGUCCAGAUGGCUGUAUUUCACUGCUCUGACAGUUUCCUUAGACAAUACAUGGUCACUAAACUCUCAGCAUGUCAGUAUGCCUUGCCUUUGCUUGUUCCUGACCUAUUCACACAGGAGAUUGAGUUUCCCCUUUGGACAUUCAGGCAGAUUGGAAAAAGCUGGAAAUCAACAAGCAAAUUAAAUGGGAUCACUAGCAAAAGUAUGCCCAUAUAUAAAGCACAGACCCCAAUGAUCGCAUUCUUUCGACUUGGAUCUGUGUCUUCAUCAAAGUCUCAGCUGAUGAACAACUUGAUAAACCAGCGUCACAGCACAUUUUUCCAUAGAGACUGCCCUGGCAGCACCAAAACCCGCAUUCUAAUGGACGGUGUGGCAGAAAUCGCUUGGUACUAUCCUGCUGGAAAGACCGAUGAUGCUUUUACUGACUGUGUUGCAUUCUGUAAUCUACGUGGCGAUGCUGUUGUCCAUGAAAAGCAACGGGACUUUUUGACUGAAUACUCCUCAGUCAAUGUUGUUCUUUUACCAAGUCUUGGUAAAGAUGACAAAAGGGUAGCCAUUGUGCAAGAUCUUGUCAUGUCUCCUAAACCUCUCAUCUGUCUCCUCACUGAUGAUGACUUUGUUGCUUCUGAGUUCAAACCUGGAAAAUACAGAAUUGGUUUGAGAGACAGAAAUCAGUCAGAGGUAUCUGAAGAACUGACGGAUAUUAUCCGCAAGACUCUUUCCCCACUGUUUUUAACCUUCAAUCUUGAAGAAGUGGCAAAACAGUCAGGAUUUAGGCUAGAUGAAAAUGAUCACGUUUGCCAAACAGGAAAAAAUGCAGCUUUGGAGAUUAAGGAUCUGCUUAAGGUUAAGGCACUCUCUGAAAUUAAAGACACAUUCCUUCCAUGUCAAGAUAGAUUGUGGCAUGACUGGUGUAGAAAGAACAAAGACCUUUAUCGCCUUCAGGGAAACGUUGAGAUGGAAAAAAGCAAAAAACAUAAUGAAUUGAACAAAAUUCGAUACCAACAACAAGACGUAUCCUUCAGUGAACUGAUGAAGUUGUUUCUCACAAACUUGCGCUCUCUGGGAUCAGAAGAGAGAAAGUAUUUCCUGAAAUGGAUAAUGAUCUUGUUGGACGAUCUCUCCACAAAUGAGCUUUCAGAGCUUCAUCAUAGAUACGAUGAAAAGUGGUCAGAGGUAUUGGCCUUAAAAAAGAAACAUGACAAAUCAGUACAACUCAAAAAAAAGCAAUUGGAAUUGGAAGAAAUAUCUGAGAAGCUGCAAUCGGCAACUGUUGGCUUUGAGCAUAUCUGGCGGGAAGUGGGACAAAUUUACGAAGCACAUGUGUCUGUUCCAAGAGGGCGAAUAGCUGAUAUUAACUUCUCUUACCUUCCUGAGAUGGCUGCAGAUCUUAUGAUAUCUGGACAUCCAAUGGAGCUGAUGGAUGGUGAUGCAGGUCAUGUGCCUUUGACAUGGAUCAAGAGUGUUUUGGAUGAGGUCAUUAGGAAAGUAAAUGAUCCCAGAGUCUUUGUUCUGUCUAUCUUAGGAAUCCAAAGCACUGGGAAAUCUACAAUGCUGAAUGCAAUGUUCGGACUGCAAUUUGCCGUUAGUGCUGGAAGGUGCACCAGAGGUGCUUUCAUGCAGCUUGUGAGGUUAACAAAAGAGAUGAAAAAAGACUUUCCAUUUGAUUAUGUUCUUGUUAUUGACACUGAAGGACUCAGGGCUCUCGAACUUGCAGGAAAGGCAACCGUUCACCAUGACAAUGAGCUGGCAACAUUUGUGAUUGGCCUUGGAAACAUGACCGUGAUUAACAUCUUUGGAGAGAACCCAGCAGAGAUGCAGGACAUCCUACAGAUUGCUGUCCAGGCCUUCAUGAGGAUGAAGAAGGUCAGAUUCUCUCCAAGCUGUGUGUUUGUGCAUCAGAACGUCGGAGACAUCACUGCUGGAGAGAAAAACAUGGAAGGCAAAAGGCGCCUACAGGAGAAACUGGAUGAGAUGACUCAGUUGGCAGCCAAAGAAGAGGGGUGUGAUGCAGAGUGCUUCAGUGAAAUCAUUACCUUUGACAUAAAAAGAGACGUUAAAUAUUUUUCCCAGCUUUGGGAGGGCAGCCCACCAAUGGCUCCACCCAAUCCACGUUACAGUGAAAAUGUACAGGAGUUGAAGAACAUGAUUCUGUCCAAAACUUCAAAGUCAACUGUCAUGAAGUUAUCAGCAUUCCAGACCCGAGUUGAAGAUCUUUGGAAUGCACUGCUGAAUGAAAAUUUUGUUUUUAGUUUCAAAAACACACUUGAAAUCGCAGUGUAUCGAAAACUUGAGGUUCAGUAUAGAAAAUGGACUUGGGCACUCAGGAGUGCAAUGCUGACCAUUGAAAACCAACUUCACAACAGAAUUGAAAAUGGAGAGCUCCACAAAGUUGAUCAAUCUUACCUUGUAGCAAAAAUGAGGAAGACUUGUGACAAAGUGCAAGAAGCCAUGAAAAAGCACUUUGAGGAGGAGACAGAUAAAGACAUAUUGGUUCAGUGGCAAGGAAGAUUUGAAUGCAAAAUAGGUGAGCUUCGUGAAGAACUUGUGAGGGGGUCCAAAAAGAAGUUGGAGGAGGUAAUUCAGCAGAGGGAGGCCCGCCACAAGCUGGAUGAAAAAAAUAAACUGUAUGAAGACAAACUCUUUCAAAAGAGCAAAGAGGUCGCAUUGAAACUGAAAGACGAGGCAAUGGAUGAAGAUCAACUUCAAAAGGAGUUCAGCAGUGUUUGGGAAGAGUGGGUGGUUGAAUUAACUAAAGACACCCCUGCCAUCAAGGAUAUUGACAUAGCUGAAAGAAUAAUUCAUGUUCUUGUAGAGAUUGGUAAUGAACCUGCUCUUGUACAUGAGCGUAAGACAAGCAAAUCAUACUUAGACUUAUGUAAGUUGGGAAAUUAUUCUGAAUACAUCUUCUUCCCUAAAGAGGAAAUUAAAAUGGAAAAAGAGCAUAGGCCAUCCUACAAAACCAGUCUAUGGGGUACUUUCAAAACACUUUUGGGAAUUAAUUCUUCAAGAAAUAAGACAAUGGAAAACCAAAACCAUCUGACAUAUUCAGAAGGAGAGCAGCUAACAACCUUUAUCGAAGAUGUUGUCAAAGAAACAAAAAACAUGAUAGAGGAGGCGCCCACAGCCACAAGAGGCUACCAUGACAGUUAUUUGCCGAACAUAGCUGUUCAUGUCCAAACAAGAGUGGAAGAUUUUCAUUCUAAGAAAAAGAACUAUGCUCUCAAAAAGACAUUCACUGUGGAUCUGUUACUCCGUGCAUGUGAGCAUGCAGAACAUUUUCUGUCAAAGUCCUACAGGGAAUUCAAAAACAAUAAUGAUGCACUUACUUACUUGGGCAGAAAAAAAACACAGUACUACAUGAUUUUCAAAAGAUUUUAUGAAGGUGCAACAUCUGUGAUUGUCCUUGGUGAAAUGAUUUGCAAUCAAUUGAAAGCAUCCAUGGUUCAAGCCAUCUAUGACAAAACAGCCAUUGAUUUGGCUGAAGAGAUGCAAAGCAGUUACCCACCAUUCAGUGGGAACAGGUCUAACUUAGAGAAACACAUCCUGAUGUCGCUGGCGGAGAAGGAAAACUUUGACAGUUACAUCACCUACAUUAAGAGUCCAAAGAUACACUUUGAGUCCUUUAUAAGGGAGACUGUAAACAAGUACAUAUUCUCAGAAAAUAAUGUAAAAACUCUUAGCAUUAUCAAAGAUAAUAUAAAAUCCAAAGAACGUUGUGUAAACCAGGCUGUGCACAGAGCAACUGAAACUGUCAAAACUAAUCAAGGUGACAGGAGAAUGUGGUUGAAAGAAUUUUCCAAUCAUCUGAAAGAUGAGCUGAAAUUUGAGAACAACAGAUAUGAAGAUCUUGAUGCCAUUAAUGAAUUUGACCUUCUUGAAGAGGUGGUAAAAGAAAGUCUUAAAAGCAAAGUCGAGGAGAUAAACCAAGGCUUCAGUGACGUGUCUCUACUCAAAAUGGAGAACUUUCGGGAGAGGCCAGAUGAUAUUCUGAUCAAGCACUUCUGUGAUUGCUGCUGGGUACAGUGUCCCUUCUGCAAGGCCAUCUGCACCAACACCAUGAGUGAGCAUCAGGGGGUAGAUCACAGUGUCUCUUUCCAUCGCCCCGAUGGACUCGCUGGAUGGCACUUCGAAGGCACAGUACAACUUUGUACCAGUUUCUGCACAUCUUCAGUUGCAAGUGAUGGUAAUUUUCUACCAAACUAUGACUCAGAUGAGUCAAUUCCUUUUAAACAGUAUAGAACUGGUGGUCCAAGGUACGCUGACUGGAGCAUCACCUCUGACCUUUCUGAACUGCCAUACUGGAAGUGGUUUGUGUGUCGAUUUCAAAAAGACCUGGAAAACUACUAUGGAAAGAAAUUUCAGGGCUGGGGUGAAAUUCCAAAUGAAUGGAGGACGAACACUAGAGACCAAGCUAUUGAAAGCUUGAAUAAAAUCUAAACAAAGAUGUAACCUCUGUGUUGAGACUGACACCCCAACAUUUAUUCAAGAAAAACUCAAUGUUAAUAUGAACCAAAUUAAUCUGGGAUGAUACAUAGAAACUUCCUUUCUAUUUACAUACAAAUUAUAUAUAUUUGCUCUCUUUACAUUUUUUGUACAUGGCAUACACAAGUCACAGACUGCAGGGUAACAAAAUCCAUUAAGUAAAAAUGUAUAUAAACAGUAUGGACGUUUGGUGAAAAAAUACCAUUACAAUACAAUAUAUGUUGUUAUACCAUUUGUUUAAUAGAAAUGUCUGCAAUAGCAUGUUUCUAAAUAUUUUAAGUGAAUUCAUUUAUGAAGUAUUCCUUGGAAAGACUAUAGAACUCCUGGUCCAAUGCUGACUCCCCAGUAUGUAAUAUAGAGUGACUGUAUGAUCAAAUAUAAGAUACGCAAAUUUUACAUUAUUCUCUAAACGUGGUGAGCAAUGAUCUAAAUAUUUCAUGUGACUUGAUUUAUGAUAAGGCUAAUAUUUUCCAAAUUGACAAAUGAGAGUGUUCCUUGGAAACCAAGGAACUCCAACGUAUGCUGAGUGGACCAUCACCGCUGAUAUAUCUGAACUUCUGUUCUUGAAAAGUAGAAAUACUAUUUAUAUUCACAUAAAGAAUGUUAUGUAAUUUCCUCUUUUGGUCCUGUUUGUGUUGCAUUGAGAGUCCUUCAUCAAUGGGUAAUAAAGUCCAGAGUGAAAGGAAGGUUACAUGGAUGAUAUAUUUGAAACUUAGUUAAUAUCUAGGGGGAAAUACAACAUUGCAAUGAAGAUUGGUUGUUAUUGACUUUUGUUUUAUUGAAAUUGUAAAAAUAACAUGUCUCUAAAUAUUUCAUGUGAAUUGAUUCAUGAUGUGGGUCGUCUUGUCAAAAUUGUUAUAAACCCUGAACUAUUUGAAUAAAC